AUGUCUGAAAUCAAUGUUGUGGCAGUCCUUCACCCUAAGCCUGAGAAACUUAAAGAGGUCACUGCCCUUGUCACUGAUAUAGUGAAGAAAGUACAAGAGAAUGAGCCUGAUACCCUGCUUUAUUAUGCCUUUCAUGUGCCAGAGACAAAUGAAAUUGUGAUUGUGGAAAGAUAUAAGUACCCAGAAGCUGUUCGACUACAUGUCAAAGCUCCUUAUUUUCAAGACUUUGCUGCCAAAAUCCCUGGAUGGUCCAGCCAGCCAUGGGAACUACGAGCUGGAGCAUUCUUGGGCAUACGGGGAGUCUCUCGACUCUGA